AUGAGUGACGGACGAAAACAGUUAAGUGGAAGUCAGUACAAGAAACGAAGGUUGGAUAAGGCUGAGAGAGAACGUAGUGUCAUAGAGAAAACUCUUAAAAUUGAUAAUUUUUUUAAUCAACCUAAAGUUGUUAAUCAACUAAAUAACUUUGAAGAACCAGCAAUUCCCAUUGCUGGUUCGUCAAAACAGCUGGUUCCCAUUACUGAUUCAGAUAAUAUAAAAGAAAUUGUACCAACAGCGUGUGACAUAGACUCUAAUUCUAAUUUCACCUCCAAGUCCCCAGAGCCAACUACCUCGUCUUUUAUGAUUAAUAUCAAUCAAAGUAAUAAUUUUGCAGUUAAUUCUAAUGUGAUUGUAAAGGAUCCAGCUUUAUGGGUAAUAAACGAUGCUACACGUGAAUACGUUUUGCAGCAUGAAAUUAACCAAGAUGUUCAUGAUAAAAGUUUUGAUUUUUCUCGCUCAAAGAGACUUUGUGGUAAGCAAUAUUUAAAUGAAUCUUUAUUUAAAACCCAACUUGUCAAUGGCCAAAUAGUAAAGCGAUCGUAUUUAAUGUACUCAGAAAGUUCUGGUUCAGUCUUUUGUGUUCCUUGUCAAUUAUUUGGUGGAACUACAAAAAUAGCAAAAGAAGGAUUUGACGACUGGAAGCAUGGUAAUGAUGCAUUGAAAAAUCACGAGAAUUCUUUUGAACACAAGUCGUGUGUUUUAGAAAUGAAAAUGAGAUCAAACACUCUUGGAAAAAUUGACACACAUUUUUCUUAUCAAAUAGAUACAGAGAAAAAGUACUGGCGCAACGUUUUAAAACGGGUUGUAGCCACUGUCCGUGCUUUGGUAACUUCAGUACCUUUAAGAGAUCAUAUCGAGAAGUUUGGUUCGUCAAGCAGUGGUAAUUUUAUAAUGUGUCUUGAACUUAUUUCUGAAUUCGAUCCUUUUUUGGCAGAGCAUAUAGCUAAGUACGGUAAUCCAGGUCAAGGCCACACUUCGUAUUUAUCUUCUACUACAUAUGAACAGUUCGUUAAGUUAAUGGCUGAAGAAGUAACAAAACAAAUAAUUAAAGAAUUAAAGAGUGCCAAGUAUUUUUCCAUUAUAGUAGAUUUAAGUCCAGACAUAUCUCAUACCGAUCAACUUGCAGUGAUUGUGAGAUAUGUUCUGGAAAAUGGACAUCCUGUAGAGAGGUUUCUCUGUUUUGUUCCGAAUGCUGGUCAUAAAUCAAUCGAACUUUUUGAUACUAUUAUCACUGUGCUUGUGGCUUUUGAUAUCGACAUUGCAAAUUGUAGAGGUCAAUCAUAUGAUAAUGCCGCGAAUAUGUCCGGAAAAUAUGCCGGAUUACAAGCUGGAAUUAACAAAAUUUCUCCAAAUGCUGUAUAUCCCUGCUCAGCUCAUUCCCUGAAUUUAGUUGGAGAACAUGCAGCAAGUUGUUGUAAAGAAAGUAAUGAUUUUUUUCUUCUUCUUCAAAAUUUGUAUGUAUUUUUUUCAAGUUCUACUAAUCGCUGGGAAAUAUUACAGAGACAUUUAACACAACGUGAAAACAAAACUCUAAAAGGCUUGUCACAAACACGAUGGUCAGUCCGUUAUGACGCGUGUCAGAGUCUUAAUAAAGAUUGGAAUGAAGUGAUUGAAGCUCUUACAUCAAUUGCGGAAAAUGAAACAGAAAAAUCUUGUACUCGAUGUGAAGCUUCAGGUAACCUUCGUCGACUACAACGCCUUGAAACAACUAUUCUUUCUUUAGUAUGGGACAAUUUAUUACAGAGAUUUUAUUUUUCUAGCAAGAAGCUCCAAGCAGUUGACAUUGAUCUUUAUACUGUAGCAGAACUAUACGGUUCACUAAUAAACUAUGUUGAAAGUAUUAGGGAAGCUUUUGAUACCUAUGAAAAUGCUGCUCUUAAAAAAUCAUUUAUUACAGAGUAUGAAGAUAUAUAGAAAAAAAGGAUAAGAAAACUCCAAGACGAUGAAUCACAAAAUUUUGAAACCGAAUUCAUUGGACGAGAAAACUUUAAAAUCAAUACUUUUUAUGUCAUAGUUGAUAGAAUAGUUGCAGAGUUAGAACGUCGAAAAGCAGUCUAUGAAAAGUUGAGCACGAGUUUUGGUUUUUUAACUAAUGGAAUUACAAUGGAUGAUAAAACUAUUGCUAAAAAUGCUGCCAGAUUAAGUAAUGAAUAUAAAGAAGACUUGCCAGAUUCAGAAUCAUUUCAAAAUGAGUGUCUUCAUUUCUUUGGAUUUUUAAAAAAUUUAAAUGAACCUCCGAGCACUAUUCGAGAGAUCUGUAAAAUGAUUUACGAUAAAGGCCUCCAAGAAGUGUAUCCUUAUAUUAACAUCGUACUUAGAAUCUUCUUAUGCAUACCUGUAACGAACUGUUCAGCAGAAAGAUCUUUCUCAGUACUACGGCGCGUCAAAAAUUAUCUCCGAUCUACGAUGUGUGAUGAACGCCUCAACUAUUCAGCAGUUCUUACAAUUGAAUAUAAAAACAGUUAA